AUGGAAUUAAAUGGUCAUUAUAAGCCUAAGAAGAAGGCAGUAAUAGUUGGGAUUAACUAUAUAGGGAUUGAUGGGAUAGGACUUAGAGGAUGUGCAAAUGAUGCUAAGUUAAUGGCUUUGACAUUAAUGGCACAUUUUGAUUUUUCUCCAAGGAAUAUUUUAUUUUUAACUGAUUCUGAACCAGAUUCUGGUUACAAUAUUUGUUUGGAUGAAAAUUAUCAAGAUAUAAAUUUGCAUGAAGAUUGGCCCAGGGAUGAAAUACCUCCAGAAUUACACCAUGAUCAUCGAAUAUAUCCAAGUAGAAGGAAUAUAUUAACUGCAAUUAAUUGGUUAACAAGAGAUGCACAAGCUGGUGAUGUAUUAUUAUUCUAUUUUGCAGGUCAUGGGGUUCAGGUAGACGUAUUAACAUCUUAUGAGGGGGAUGGAUAUGAUGAAGCUUUACUUCCUGCAGAUUCAACAUUAUAUUUAGCUGAAAGUGGGUCAGAUGUUGAUGAAUACAAUGUUCUAUUUUGUAGUGAAUUGAAAGAAUUAUUAUUAUGUGUACCAGCUGAAACUCAAGUAAACAUUAUUUUAGAUUGUAAUGGUGGACAAACUAUAUUAGAUCCUGCAGGAAAUAUAGAUGGUUUGUGGUAUAUAAAAGGUGUUGUAACUAAAGGUAUUUGGCCUUUUUUAUCAGCAACAAAUAAAGUUAAACGUGCUCAAUAUAAAAGUUCAGUAUUCAAAAAUCCACAAAUGAUUCAUAGAUUAGUUCGCCCUAGAUAUGUACCAUGUAUUCAAGUUGGUAGUACUUAUAGAUUGAGAGAUCCAAGUUUACAAUCAACUCAAUAUAUUGCUUUAUGUUGUAAAGGUUAUUGUUUUUCUGCAGCUCCAUGGAGUCAAAUAGCUGCUGAAGCAUCAUUACCUUUAUUAUCUGUUACAAAAAAAAAUUCAAUAUCUAAAUUAACAGUCGUAGAAAAUCCAAUAUCUAAAGGUGGUUCUUAUAAUAUAAUUCAUGGUGUAUUUACAUGGUCAUUAUGUAAAGCUAUUAGUGAUAUUACAACUGGUAUAUUAAAGCAGGGACGAUAUUCAAAUGAGAUAACAUUUAAAACAACUAUAGCACGUGUAAAGGAAUACAUAGAAUGUUUAAAAUCAUCAAUAUUACCAUAUUUAGAUCAACAACCUGAAUUAACUGUACAUUCUGGUGGAGCUGGAGGUAUAUCUGAAUUUUUUUGUUCUCCCUAUGGUGGAAAAUUAAAUUUAAAUAAUAUUUCUGAUUAUAAUAUAGAAAAUGAAUAUUAUAUAUAUAAUGAUAAUAAUAAUAAUAAUAAUAAUAAUAAUAAUAAUGUAAAACAAUCAGACUUAAGAUUUCAUUUUAGAGAAAUCUUAUUACAAGAUUUUUUAACACCUCAGGAAGCUUAUCAACAAAUGAUGAAUUCAAUAAAAUUUGAUGAAUUCAAUUUUUCAACUGAGAAAUUAAUUAAUAAUAAUGACCAUCAUCAUCAUAAUGAUGUUAUAAAUAAUAGAAAUAUACAAGAUAAUAAUCAAAAUUCAUCUAUUAUUAGACCAGGAUUACAUAUAAAUGAUAAUUUAACAAAUCCUAUUGAUAAUUUAACAAAUCCUAUUGAUAAUUUAACAAAUCCUAUUGAUAAUUUAACAAAUCCUAUUGAUAAACAUAAAAAAUUAUAUCAAAAUUAUCUUAAUAAUGCUGAAAAUAAUGAUAUAUUACCAAUAAAUAAACAAAAUAAUAUAGAUGAAAAUAAUCAUUUGGUUACUUCUAGAGGAAUUACAAGUGUAAAUUGUGAAGAUAGAAAUAUACCUUCAAAUAAGUUAUUUGAAACUAAUCGCAUAUAUUCUAAUCCUCCAAGUUCUUUUAAUUCAAAUAAAGCGCUACCCCAACAAAUUCCAUUACCACCAAGUUCUGUUAUUUUACCUCCUCCAACAAUUCCAAUUCAUAAUCUAUUUAGUACACAAUCAUCUUAUCCAUCAAAUAUACAAAAUAAGAUAUUUUAUAAUUCAGUAUUACAUACACCAAAUACACAAGUCAUUCUUCAAAAUGUUCAUGAUAAUUCAGAUUAUUUUAAGAAAUCUACAUAUACAACUCCAACUAAUAAAAUAGCUUAUAAUUAUAAUCCGAAUUUUGCACCAUUUGAAAAUAUACAACAACCUAUAAAUAUUAAUAAUAAUCAUAUUAUGAAUAAUAUCCGUAUUCCUACUCGACCAUUAUAUCCCAAAACAAAUAAUAUUUUCCCUAAAUCUGAUCUUGGUAUACCUAAAAAUCAGACAAGAUAUGUUACUAUACCAAGUGGAGAAUUUUUAAAUGAAUAUAAUAUGGGGAUUAGAUUCAAAGAUAUCUAUCAAAAUUCCGUUAAUUCUUAUAAUUAUUUACAAAAUCAUCAUAUUGAUAGUUCUUAUAUAAAAUAUAAACAUGAUUCUUAUUCUUUUCCUGUAGGUGAAAGAAAAUCAACAUUUGACCUUCAAAACUUAAAUUCUGGUAUAUCUAUAGAUUCAAGUACAUAUUACAAUAACAACAAUAUUUCAAAUUAUAGAAUGAUGCAACAAACACAGAAUUUUCCCCAAAUAAAUAAUUAUAAUAUUAAUAGAGAGGGUUAUACUCAUUUUAAUAAUAUUACUCCUAAUAAUAAACGACUUUUCAAAUAUCCAUUAUUUCCUAGAUAUUAA